AUGGAGACCAUUUAUGUUAUUACGGUUGUUGCAGAUAACUCUGAUGAUGCCUUUUUAGAGGGGUUGUGUGUGAGUUUACCACUCAAUCCCAAACCUUUCCUGAACGGAUUAACAGGAAAGCCAGUGAUGGUGAAACUUAAGUGGGGAAUGGAGUACAAAGGCUACCUGGUGUCUGUAGACGGCUAUAUGAACAUGCAGCUUGCAAAUACAGAAGAAUACAUAGAUGGGGCCUUGUCUGGACAUCUGGGUGAAGUUUUAAUAAGGUGUAAUAAUGUCCUUUAUAUCAGAGGUGUUGAAGAAGAGGAAGAAGAUGGGGAAAUGAGAGAAUAG